GGGACGGCGUUUGCUGGGCCAGGCAGGGCGGCGGGCGGACCGGCUGGGGGACCGGCACUGACGACCGGCAGACAGAGGGCGACCCAGCGCGCUGGUGAUGUGACCUCGUGGCCAGAGGAGGACUCGAAUUGUCCCACCCCGGCGGACCCUCCCAGUUCUGCCAAACCACACUAGCUGGCUUAUGGGGACCCCCAGAGGUCAUCUCGUCCAAGCCCCUGCUCCUGGCAGUCCUACACUGAGCCUCUGCAGCCUCCCUAAGGGUCAGCAGCAAGUCUGACAAGCACCAGUUUGGAAUCCAGGGCCAGCCAUUUGUGAGACUGGAUGAAAGCAGAGAGGAAACAAAACAAGAUCAGAGGCACAGGAUGCAAAAGUUGACCAAAGACUCAGGCAAGGGGGAAAUGACUUGUUGGGAAAUCCAAGCCCCUUUGGUUUUUCCUUCCCAUGCCUUUGUCUCCAGCAGGUCAGUGCCCUGGACACCCAGCCCUAGUUGGGUCAUGGCGCUGUGCCUGAAGCAGGUGUUCUCCAAAGACAAGACUUUUCGGCCCAGGAAGCGCUUCGAGCCCGGCACACAGCGCUUUGAGCUGUACAAGAAGGCACAGGCAUCACUCAAGUCCGGCCUGGACCUGCGCAGUGUUGUGAGGCUGCCACCUGGUGAAAGCAUCGAUGACUGGAUCGCAGUGCAUGUCGUGGACUUCUUCAACCGCAUCAACCUCAUCUAUGGCACCAUGGCCGAGCACUGUAGUGAGACCAGCUGCCCAGUCAUGGCAGGCGGGCCCCGCUAUGAGUACCGCUGGCAAGAUGAGCGCCAGUACCGGCGGCCAGCCAAGCUGUCAGCGCCACGCUAUAUGGCACUGCUCAUGGACUGGAUCGAGAGCCUCAUCAACGAUGAGGAAGUCUUUCCCACUCGUGUUGAGGGAGAUGACAGAGCGGAUCUGCCACUGAGCCCAGGCCUGGACAUUGUUGGCUGUCAGAUGGACCAUCUGAACACAGUGUGGCCGGGGACCCUUAGGAGUCUGGUGCUAGAGGAGCGUGAAGGUCCUGGGACUGUCUUCAUACAGCCAAAGCCCCUGGACUUCUGGUCCUCAGCAGUCUGCCCACAUGUCCCUCUCACUACUUGUGAAUGGAGAAGGAGGAAGGGCUUCAAGGUGGGCAAUGAGAAGGAAAGGAGGAGUUAAACCUCUGGCAGUGAAGUCUGGGAGUAGGGUAGGCUAGAGGGUUUCUUCCCUGAUGCUUGACCCCUCCAUAGUGGUUCCCAAGCCCAUUUUGGGUAAUUGGAUGUGACUAAGGUGAUGAUAAGAAAGGUGCAAGAGGGUGAGUACCCUGUGUGAGUGGGCACAGAUGACAGUGAAUGUUGUGUGUAUGUGUGUGUGUGAUUUUGACCCUUGGGUCACAUAAUACACCCUCCAUAAAUGUUAGAUAAAUGGUUGUAUGAAUGAAUGAAUUAAUGAAGACUGGAAUCGUCAAACCAUGACCACUGUAGAAGUGAUGGUAGGUCAGUAUCCCUGCUUGGUGUAACUCACCAUGUGUAUAAGUACACAAAUGUGGUUGUAGAAGUAUCUCUAUGUUUGAACUUUCCAGGCUACUGUCUUCUAUCAGCAUGAGUCCUAGGGAGCUAGGAGGAAGUGGAGCCUUGCCCUGAUACCUAAACCUCUGGCCCACUACAGACACAGGUUCUGAUUUUCUCAACCAGAGAUGUUCAUGAGCUUUCAUUUUAUUCAUCCCUCUGUCUCCAGGAAGUCCUGAUUAUAAACAGCCUCCUGGGGGUUGGGGAUGAUCCCUCGGGUCCAUAAAGGUCCCUUGGUCCUUAAAUUGGGAAUCAUACACUCCAAUAUAGCUCCCAGAAUCUACAGAUCUGGCUCCCAGGAUAAUCACAAAAUAAUCCUCCAGCCCAAGUUGCCAAUGGAAACUUGGGAAACUCCAGAGUCCUGUCAUCCAUCCUGGGGCAUUGAGGAAUAACAUCGCUGGUGAAUGGAUUCUUCCAGGCCUGGGGAACCUAUACCCCACAAGUACCUGCCUUCUUCCCAACCAUGUCUAAGACAUUCCAGCUGAUUGGAGCUUAGAUUACAGCCAUCCACAAAGAGAUUGGGAUGUUCAUUCAGCACUCCAUUACUCUCACCCCCAUGCCCAGAGCCACUGGUGGGGAAGCCAAGGCAGGAACAUGGCCUUGCCAUCCCAGAACCUCCAUGCUGGGAGGCCAGGAUGGAGAGCUAGAAGGGACCUGAGAAUCAUCCAGGCCCACUCUCCCAAUGUACAUAGGAGGAAACCCAAGGCUUCAUAAUGAGGCUUUCAUGGAACUGGACUAGAAACCAGGGGUCCUGACUCCCAGCCCAGGACCUGUCAAUUGCUGAAUAGGAACAUUAGAUGCACAUGGAAAGAGGGUUUUCUAGCCCUUCUCCAGGACACAACUGUUCUUGCUUUGAGCAAGAAUUUCUAACCUAAUACCAGAGUGCCCCACUACUCCUCAGGUCAGUUGGGGAGGUCUACUGAGCCAAAUCUCCAAAAUCAUGUACCCAGAAGCUGCCUGCCCCCUAGGGAAACAGAUGGGACUCCUGGGGCCAGCCUGCUGGUCCUGGGCCUGCCGCCUCUGCUGCCUCCCGAGAAGUUCCCAAGGGAACUGUGCUGGCCUAGCAGCUUUGCCAGAGCCUCUGGAGUGAGGGGGUCAGAGCUUCCCCCAGACUGUCUGUGGCUUGGAAGAUGGAUUCUAGGCUACGGCCAGAGCUGAUUGUGGGGAGGGGGGCAGGGAAAUCUAUUUUUGUGAAACAGAGGGAAGAUUUUAUUGUAUUUUUGUUAAAAUAAAGGAGGCAAACUAAA